GCAAUGUCUGAACGCAGAUCUUUUUGGGGUCAUUUUUGGUUGGCGAAACUCUUCCUGCAAUUCGCUGGCCUUCUUCCCAUCGGUGGAUCGUCUUGUUUAUGGAAAUCAUUUCUGAACCAAUUUUUAGCAACUUUACCACUGUGGACCAGCUUUUACAUACUGAUUCCGCAAUUCAAAUUCAUGUUUUUUCAGAGUCCCGACAUCGACAGUUUUCUGGAAGCAGUGCUGAUCGCAAUAUCGGUCUUGACGUACCAACUUAGAUCAAUCUUUGUCAUCGCAUACCGCCACAGGAUCACACGUUUGUUCUUCGUCUGCGAGAGGAUGUUGAACGAGGCAGCUCCUGCGGAUUACAGUGUGAUUUUUAUCUGGGCUCAACGUGCAAAACGUAUAAGUACAAUUUACUUCUGCGGUGCAUACUGUUCGGUGAUCACGUUCGCCGUGACUUCGACAGUAAAGCAACUCUCAUCGGCUGAAAAUUCGACAACAAAAUACUACCCGUUCGCCCCUGAAGAAGAUUCUACUCCAACUCUACAAUAUCAGAUCAAGUUUGCAACUCAGGUUCUAAUCAGUUACAUCGGAAUAGCGUACAUAGCUGCUUGCGACAUGACUGGGACCAUACUGACACUGAACAUGUGUGGACAACUGGCUCUUAUCCGAAGCUGGCUCGCCGAUGUUUCGAGAGAAAAUGUGGAUGCAAGAGGCCGAAGAACCGACCAAAGUCUAGAAAAUGUGUUGAUGAAAUGUGCUCGUCGUCAUCAAAUCGUAUUAGAGUUCUGUUCCGAGCUAGGAGAUGUGAUUCGAUACAAUUACCUCGUACAAAUUGUAACUGAGAUGUACAUCAUGGCUGUUUCGGGAGCAAGGCUUUCGAAGGGCUCUGGAUCGAUCCAGCAUCUCUCAACAUUGCUCUUGGCAAUUAAUGGGCUUUUGUUUUCUUGUUGGCCAGCAGACACUCUCUCCUUUGAAAGCACUGAGAUAGCGCGGGCAGUUUAUGGGGUCCCCUGGCAUCGCGGAUCGUCUCGUGAAAAAACCAUGGUAGCAAUUAUGAUAGCGCGUUCCCAACGCCCUGCAACGCUGCGUGCAGGAAAAUUCGUCCAGUUGUCUUUGCAGACUUUUUCUUCUAUUACGUCAAACGGCCUAUCGUUUUGCAUGGUCUUGCUCAAUAUCUGAUUACAUACUUUAUGUCUCUCUUACAAGUAAGUUUGGGCAGGUAAUUUUCGGCCGCACUACAGCUAGUACUAGAUAGAUCAACAUAACAAUAAAAUGUUUUA